AUGGUCGCCUACUACCAGAUCGCCGGCAAGCAGGUCGGCUCCCACGUUCUCGCCAUGGGCGUUAUGGGUACCCUCUUCGGUGGCAUCUUCCUCUCCACCCGCGGCGGUGGCCAGAAGAAGCAGGGCACCACUCCCCCCAUCCAGGCCUCUUCCAGCGAUGAGGAGAAGUUCAUCCAGGAUUUCCUGAAGCAGGUGAACGGCGAGGAGAAGAAGGCUGAUCAUUAA